AUGGCACCCCGCGCUGUCUUGCCGCUGGCUAUUGCCGCAGGCGUUGGAGCCCAGUUACAGAUUCCUUGGUCGACCGAUUUCGAUAACACAAUCUUCGGUCCGGAUGGACCGUGGCAAGCAGUGCUCGUCAAGCUUGAUGGCACGGAAACGAAUCAAAUUCCCUUGUGGCCUGGCGGAUCCAGCGUUUCUGAGAUUCCCACGGUAGAGGAUGGCGGUGUUUACUCAGUCUCAGAUAGUGCCGUCAAGACUGGGAGAUCGCGGAGCGCCUCUGACUCAUGGUCCAGUACUCUGUUUACAGAAGCCUCGUGGUCAGGCGACGAGUAUUGGGACACAAUGGAACUAGAGCCAAGGCUCGGGAGUAGUCACGAGAUCAAAAUCAAAGCAAAUUUCGUCGCCGCUACAAACUGGACCAGUGGCGCCCCUUUGAACGAAACGAACUACAAACCCUCUGUCGGAAUUUUGGGCCUUGGGCCCAGAAGCGAAAGGAGUGAUAACACCACAGUUCCCUCUAUCCUUGAGCAACUCAAAGCCUCCGGUGAGAUCGACAGAAAUGGCUUCAGUGUGCACAUGGGAAGUGCCGCGCUCGACCUUGCCGGAUCCUUUGUUCUCGGCGGCUACGAGCAAAACAGGGCCAUCGGGCAGGUGGGCACGUAUAGACUCACAGACAAUUUCCCGAUGAUGUGUCUCCGCGAUGUAAUCAUGGAUGUCGAAAUUGACAACUCGACUAUUUACCCUGAAAACACCGAGAUUAGACAACAAUACGCCCAAUACGCCGGCGGGGCCCCUGGAUCAGUGGUUGUAACACCGAACCCAGCAUCUCCAUACGUAUAUUUGCCUCCGGGGUUUUGCGAAGGAAUCGCGACCAAUCUCAGGAUGGUGCUUCAUGAAGCUACGGGACUGUACCUUUGGGGGUCGGACCCGCAAGCUGAAACUUUCGUCAAGUCAUCGGCAUAUCUCGGCUUUGUUCUGUCCGAUCAGAGCGCGACCAACUUCACCAUCAAAGUCCCUUUCAAUCUCCUCAACCUUACCCUAGAACCGCCAUUGGUGGAAAAGUCAGUGAACUACUUCCCCUGCAAAUCUACCGACUCGGUUUAUGGUUUUUGGCAACUCGGUAGAGCUUUUCUGCAGGCAGCGUUUUUGGCCGUUGAUUACGAUAGGGAAGUAUUCUAUUUGGCACAAGCCCCCGGGCCAGGCAUGGAGCAGAGCGUCAUGAAGAAAUCUGAUAAUUCGACGAUCACCUGGAACGCGGCCGAGUCCUUCACGAGCACUUGGAGAAACUUUUGGGAGCCAGUGUCUGUGAUACGCAGCUCUGAGACUGAGACCGAAAAUACAGGUCCAUCAGAUGGGGGCAAGGCGGGUGUCGUCGUCGCGGCAGUAAUCGGUGCAUUCGCUGGGCUCUGGUUUUGGCGCCGCCGCAGAAAGAGCAAGAAAGACCCUAACGCGCCCUCAGCUGCCGUGGACAAGGCGCUUAUAUGGUUCAGUAAGAAGAGAGGCGGUAGCAAGAGAACCAAGGUUUCCGGCCAGACAAGUUUGAUGGAGGCGAAUGGAGAUCAGAUGGAUCACAGAAUAGAGCAGAAGAUGUCGACAGCAGACAAUGCCACUGAGCUAGAUGGACGUACACCGAUCAGUGAGCUCGAUUCACCUACACUACCUGCUGAGGUGGGAGCGCCGCUGCCAUAA